GACAAAAGCAAAACCCGGCAGCCGGGCAUACCGAAUUGCAUGAGUGGAUAAUAAAGGACAUGGAUUGAAUAUCGACAAGCAAUUGUAGUAACAUCUCCCACACAAAAUGGCACCAGUUCUGAAGAAGUACAAGGCCGCAGCGGUCAAUGCCGAGCCAGGUUGGUUCGACCUGGAGGAAUCCGUCAAGCGGACCAUUCACUGGAUCGACGAAGCUGGCAAAGCCGGUUGCAAGUUCAUUGCUUUCCCUGAGCUUUGGAUCCCCGGAUACCCAUACUGGGCCUGGAAGGUGACCUACCAAGAAAGUCUGCCACUUCUCAAGAAGUAUCGCGAAAAUAGUCUGGCCUCGGACUCGGAGGAGAUGCGUCGGAUCCGUGAGGCAGCCCGCGCCAACAAGAUCUUUGUCUCUUUGGGCUACUCGGAGCUGGAUCUGGCCAGUCUUUACACCACUCAGGUCCUUAUCUCCCCCACCGGUGAUGUCCUCAACCACCGUCGGAAGAUCCGUGCUACCCAUGUCGAGCGCCUGGUCUUUGGGGAUGGCACUGGUGAUACCACUGAGUCUGUGGUUCAAACUGAGAUCGGCCGUGUGGGUCAUUUGAACUGCUGGGAAAACAUGAACCCUUUCAUGAAGGCAUAUGCAGCCUCUCUUGGUGAACAGAUUCAUGUUGCUGCUUGGCCACUUUAUCCUGGAAAGGAGACACUGAAGUAUCCCGACCCUUUCACCAAUGUGGCUGAGGCCAAUGCCGACCUCGUCACUCCUGCAUAUGCUAUCGAGACCGGCACCUUUACUUUGGCACCCUGGCAAAGCAUCACCGCCGAGGGCAUCAAGUUGAACACGCCCCCCGGAAAGGAGCUGGAGGAUCCUCAUAUUUAUAACGGCCACGGCCGUAUCUUUGGCCCCGAUGGUCAGAACCUUGUUCCCCACCCCGACAAGGACUUCCAGGGCCUUCUUAUCGUUGAUGUCGACCUGGAUGAGUGUCAUCUUACCAAGUCCCUAGCUGACUUCGGAGGACAUUACAUGCGCCCUGACCUCAUUCGCCUCCUUGUUGAUAACAACCGCAAAGACCUCGUUGUUCAUGAGGAUCGCGUGAAUGGAGGUGUUGCGUAUACACGUACCAUCGAUCGGGUAGGACUGUCGACUCCCUUGGAUGCUGCCACCUCCAAUGCUGAGCAAGAAGAAUAAAGUCGGACUUUGGCAGGUGUGAUUAGGAACAAACAUGUUAUCUCUCCGCUCACGUAAAAGGUGUAUGUAUCCAUAAGAAAUGCAAUUCUUUUUUAAAAUUCACCUGAUUUAGAUCAAUUUGAGUGCAUAACUUUUUUUUUCCUCUAGUUUUGAAGUGGGAAUUUAUUUUUUUAUUUUUUUUUAUUCUUCGUUCUUAAGUCCGAUGCAGUAUUAGUAUGUCGGGAUACUGCGUCUACUACUUAGAAUUCUGGCCAAUUAGGGUUACGGAGUCUAUCCGUUUCUUA